AGGUGAAGCUAUGGAUUUUGCCGGUUGCCUCCGCCCGGGAUGUUGUUUGUUAUUGCUCCGCGCCUCUCCACACUACUCGAUGAAUCUUUCUUGUUCUCGAAUUCAAUUGUCAACCCCAACCCCAAUCCCCCACAAUGGCUACCUUGAAACGCAAAGCUCCUGAAUUAGUGGACGCGCCUGAUGCUACGCCCACGGGAAGACCAGUCAAGAAGCUGCGUCUCACCCAGAACCAAAAGCAGGCACUAAUUGAUAACCUCCAGCUCGAAAUCACUGAGCGCGCGCGCAAGCUUCGUGCACAAUAUGCUCUCCAAGCAAAUGACCUUCGCUCCCGCCUUGAACGACGCGUCAACCGUAUCCCCGUCUCUCUCCGCAAGGCCAACAUGGGCGAGCUUCUCGAGAAGUACAGUGCCCCGGCUCAGGCGACCUCGCCCAUUCGUAGAAUCUCCCCAGCAAAGGUCUCGCGUGCACCCAUGUCUAUUGACCAAGCACUUUCACCCUCUGGCACGCGCGACGGCCGGACCCGACGCAACAGUAACGAGGGCCACUACUCGGACAAGGAGAAUGCACCGGCUGCUGGCACUCCCGAAGGGCUGAAGAACCCCAAACGCCGUGGCAAGGCCCCCGCUGCGGGCGGUGCAUCACGCGUCGUAUCGCAAGAAGUGCGAGGUCACGACCACCGAAUCCUAUCCCCCAAGUCUCUCAACUCUCGAACCUACCCACAAUCCCCAUUCCGUGCCUCUCCCGAAAAGGGACAGCCUUCAUACCUGUCCCGACCUACCUCGCCACUCAAGCCCUCCAGCCCUCUGCGGGCUGCUGGAACCGCCACUCGUCCGCGCGGUGCUACCACGUCUAACGUUAGAGAUAACCAAGUCUCUACACAAGCCAAGAAAGCAACGGCACGCUCGGCCACUGGGCCUAGAUCCGUCAGAUCUCCCCUCCCACGGCCGGCCACUCGUCAAGGCGAGCGUAAGAACAGCUUCUCAUCCACCACAUCGUCCGGCACAACUGUGACGAAACCCACUCGUACUGGUACCGGUGCCAGGAAGGCAACUGCUGGGACUGCCUCAACCACCAAGAAACCCGCCGUCCCUCGGGCCCACACUGCGUCUUUGGCUGUCAAGAAGACCGCUACUUCAGCUACCGCUUCCACCGUGCGGAAGACUACCGCCCCAGCAUCCACGAUGGAGCCUUCAACUCGCGGGACGAGAGCACUACGAAAGCGUGUAUAGAUGCAUUUUCCCGGCUGGCGCAUUGUAUUUCCAAGGCCGAGCUGUUCUGAUUCUACUUGAAGUUACUUUUAAGCGUGGAGUAUUGCCAAUCACGGGCAUGAGAUUGAAUCCAUGGUGAUAUAACUUUUUUUCACAUGACCUUAUAGGGUCGGCGUCAUAAUAGGUGUUUGCAUUCAUUUCCGGUUUUGUCUUGGAUCAUGGAAGUCGUCUGGGAAUCCAACUUUAUUUUUUCGAGACUCUAAGUCCGGAGCAAACAAUUCAUAGAGACUUUGUGCUGGAAUUCUAGUCUUCGCGGCGUAAAUAAACGCAGGCUAAAG